AUGGAAAAUCAUAAUUCCAACACAAAACCCCGACCAAAUCUGAGUCUCGUGACACCGCCGUCCGGCAAUGUGGCGACAUUUUAUUCGAUUGCUGCCGAUCCUUACAGCGGAACGACGGACUCUGCAUUACAAACUAUGGUACAAAAUGCAUCUGGCCAUUCGUGUUCGGAACAUUCAAACUCUUCGUUCGAUGUCGUGAUGGAACAGUCAAAGUGCAUCAAUACCUGUUCCGUUGUGGUUAAUGCAGAUGCCGGGAACUUUGUGGAGUCCGUCGACUCUUGUGGAACGACCGUUACAUCUAGCUGUGUAGCGGUGGAAAACGGCACCGUCUCAACAUACCAUAUGAACACGCAAGGACAUGUUACUGGUCAAGUCGUGUACAAAAGCACGGAUUCACCUCCAUGUUGGGCUCUGAUUGAAUGGGAAACAUCAGACGAAGAACCAAAUUCGUACACGGUAAUCGACUCGACCCAAAUAAUUGCCCGCGAAAACAGUCAACCAGAGGAGGAGAACAAACAACGCACGCGAGACUCUGGAUUGUACACCGGGAAGUUAAUUCACGUGCUGCGGGGCAGAUACGUUAUGCCGGCAACGAUUGUGAUUAUAUCGGAGGAUAGAAAAUUUCUCGAAACGGAGCUUCACGAGUUGCGUAUCAUGGCCGCCAACAAUUUGAUUUCGAAAUCGGCCAUUUCGGCACAAACUUACCGCAGGCAAACCAUGCCAACACACGCGCAAUAUGGCAGACAGGGUGGUACAAAACCAGUGCAGCAGAAAACGAUUCCACCAUCAAGACCGUGUAUGGAGCCAUUAGAAAAUAUACAUAGUGCGAAACGUCAACGUUGCGAUUCUGGUUCAUCAAGUAGCGCAGUUAAGGAAAGUGAGUCAAGGGUAUCGUCUGCAUCCACCCCGAAUGUUGCGAGAGAAGAACCACUAGCUGGGAUUCUUUUCAAUGUGGACAAUUCGUAUCAUACCACAAUACCACCCGGUAGGAUGAUGGCGCCCCGCUUUACUAGAAACGAGCACGUACAUUCGCAAGCACCACCCAUGACGUUCGAUCAGCAAACACAAACCACCGGUACAUCUGCUGAACUCAGUAUAUCCAACGAUGCAAACCUCGUGCGGAUUAUGUCGUACCUUGAAAGCAUCAUGGCAGAACAGAAGGGAUACCGAUUGGAAAGCGAAUACAAUCGCAAACUGUUGCUCGACCUACAAGAGAAAAUACUAGAUCAACACGAAAUGCUCCGAAAUGUUCAAAUGCAAGUAGCUAACCUGGAACCGGCAGAUCCAACGAUGAGGUUAAACAUACAAUCGAAGGAAAAUUCAUCGGACAAUUUAGUCGUUACGGAGGUAGUACAAACAUAUUCCCCCGAGCAUGAUGUUGAAACCAAUGCCACGAUAGUAGACACCUUUGAGACCACCACCAAUAACAAUCACAUCGUGCUAGAAUCCGGAGAAUCUAACAGCAACCAAAGCUGGACGUCAUCCAAGAUGGAUAUGCUCUGCACGCGAAAAGGCAUCACGUCAUCCAACAUGGACGAUUCGUCGAAAAUUAUCUCAGAAUCGUCAAUCUACAUAGAAAAGCUUAAAAGUCAAACUGAGACUGAUGAGAGCGCCCAAUCCACCACCACCUCCAACUGCGCUACUGAGGUGCAUGAUUUGAUAGAGAACGAUUGGAACGAUUCGAUGCCGGAAAGUGAAAGUAACGAUCACCAGAAGAAAGAUGUUUCCCAAGCACCCAAAACGACCAUGGUAGCGAUCGGUAGCAACAACACGAUGGUCUCCAAAUCCGUACUGGACAAUAUUAAAUGGGUGAGCUACAAGUUUGCCACGCGAAAGCUUCUGCUGGCUGUGUUUCCGCGGGAAGUGCUGGCAACGCAUUCGCUCAGCGGAAGACCCUGCCCGACGCAGUUCAACAGCACGGGAAAACCGGUGAAGCGGGCACUCGAUCCGCACAUUGUGGCCGACGUUGUAGAGCUAAUAAUGAAAAAGUUUCGUGUCGAUGAAAGUAAUGUACGGGCAGUAAUUACGAACAAAUGUGCGGAUGAGAAUAAGAUGCUACAGAAAAGGAACGUAACCCCAGCAGCACUAUCGAAUGGAGGGAAAAGGGAAGUUGCGCGAGCAAAGAAGUUGCGCAACAAGGAAAAUCAGUCAGGAGCGUCAUAA